AUGUGGGUUGCUCCUUCAAUUUCUCGCCUUCACUCUCAAUUCCUGUACUGCCCUUUAAAGCUCUCUUCUGCUACUUCUUCUUCGUCUCUUUCCCAUAAAUCCCUUAAAACUCAAAGGGCACCAGCUUAUUAUCCAUGUGUUAGAGCUGUUGAUCUUGACCAAAACACGAUUGUGGCAAUAACUGUUGGGGUGGUGAGCGUUGCCGUUGGGAUUGGAAUUCCUGUUUUCUAUGAAAACCAGAUAGACAGCGCUGCCAAAAGAGAAAAUACUCAGCCCUGCUUCCCUUGCAGCGGCAGUGGUGCUCAGCAAUGUAGAUUUUGCAUGGGGACUGGUAGUGUGGUGAUCGAGCUUGGCGGGGAUGAGAAAGAAGUCUCACGGUGCAUAAAUUGUGACGGUGUUGGUUCUCUAACAUGCACGACAUGCCAAGGCAGUGGCAUUCAACCUCGCUACCUUGACCGCAGAGAAUUCAAGGAUGAUGACUGA